AUGGCAUUGCAUCAUCGGUCGCGGUCUCCGUCGACCCCUUCUGAGGGUGAGAUCAUUGAAUCAGGUUCUGAGAUGAAGGCAACUGCCUCACAACCUCCUUUAAAUGGCACCAGCGUUGACCGUCCCCUCAGAGAUAGCACUUCAUCGGCGCUCAGAUCUCCCUCGUCCCUAAGAGGCAGUACAUCACCACGCCGACAGAAAUCCUGGUCACGAUCACGGUCGCGCUCAAGAUCCCGAUCGCCGUAUCGCGACAACAGAGGCUACAAGCGCAGACGCAACGACGAAUAUGAUGAUUACGAAACUAGUCGCGCUCGACAAGAGUCUACCCGCCGUCAUGGGUCGAGAUAUGACGAAAGAACCCAGGAUCGAGCCGUACCUCCCCGUCGCCCGAAAUCGUACUAUGACUACGACCGCGAGGAGGGUUACGGUGGCGGAUUGCGGUAUACCGACGACCAUGAUCGCGAUUCGCGAAAAGAGAAGCGACCUCGCCCCCGGAGCCGAUCUCCUUAUCGCGAAGUCCGGAAGCCUAAGCAAUACGACGAAUCAUAUUCGAAAGCAAACGGGGUAUUGCCUCCAACGGAUACCAAGAGGCGCAGGCCGCCUUUUGAACAGUUGACGAGUGAGAGAAAGGCUCCUGCUAGUGCUCGAGACUCUAAGCUUGAUGCUGAAAAACGAGAGAAUCAGGUGCAACAGGUUCUGCCCAGGCGAGCCCAUUUUGCUGACGAGUAUGUUUUAUUCAACACAUGCCUCAAGAAUCGCGUAACUAAUAAUUAUUACAGAUCGGAGACGCCUGAAACGGCAGAAGAGCCCCAGCCAGCUGAGCCAGUCGACGAAGCCGCUGCUUUGGAAGCCCGUCGGAAACGGCGCGAGGCGAUUCGAGCGAAAUAUCGGAGUCAAGCAACGCCCUUGCAUCUGAAAGCUGUUCAUGCUGAUGUGGAUACGGAUUCAUCUACACCUGGCGCAGAGCCCGCCAGCGCAUUAGACAAUUCAGGUAGGCUUCGCGACCCGAGACAAAAUGGUACAAAGCCAACUAACCUCUCCGCUGUAACCGUAGGCUCACCGCAAUUGUCUCCGUCUCAGACACCUAAUGAUAUAGCUGGAGACUCUUUCCCUGGCUUUAACAUCGGCAGGGACGCUGACCUCGCCAAUCCUGGAACCCCGGUGGAUGGUUCUGAAAUAGACGAGCCUUCCGCUGCAGAUUACGAUCCAACAUUCGACAUGAAAGAAGAGACACAAAAGCACAGGGGAGUUCAGAGCUCUAAAGACGACCUAUCAUCCGCUGCCUAUGACGAGACAAUAGCCACAAAGCAGGACAUUCUGAUCCCCGAACGCCGCCCCUGA